AUGACCAUACCCUCUGAUAUUCUCGCUGCGGAAGCAGCGGGGAGGAUUCCCUCCGAUGUGUCGCUGCAGUAUCUUGCUCAGUCUCGCGAUCAUUCGGCCAUUGUGGGAAUUUUGUUUUUGGUCUGUUUGACGGGCAGUUUGUUGAUUGUUCGACUUUAUGCACGGUUCUAUAUCGUGAAGAAAGUCGGCUUUGAUGAUGCCUUGGCCAUCUUGACAAUGAUGAUUUACAUCACUUUUGUUGUCCUAUCCGUCGUCCUUAUUGACCUUGGAAGUGGCCGCCAUAUCGAAUAUAUCCAAUAUGUCCUGUCUCUGGCCACCGUCCGCCAAACCGAAGUCCUCGACUUCGUCGCACAUGUUCUCUAUACAACAGCCCUGUUCUUUUGCCGACUCUCUGGUCUUGCCUUCUACUUCCGUCUCACGGCACGCACCGGCAAGCUCCACGUGGCCAUUCUAGCUGCCGCUCCAUUCCUCUUCGCCGCAUAUCUCCCGCAGCUUUUCCUUUUGAUCUUCCACUGCAGGCCUGUUACCGGCUUGUGGCCAUAUGCCUGGCAGAGCGAGCCCGUUGACUACAAAUGUUUGUCGUGGGGCUUAGUAUAUCCCGUCAACUCCGGCCUUUCCCUCGCCUGUGAUGUGAUGAUGUUCGUCAUUCCGGCCAUUCUCAUCAAGCAACUUCACGUCUCUCUGGAAAAGAAGAUCAAGCUCUCGUUCGUCAUGUUCCCUGGUGUAUUGGGCCAAUGGGCCUCUGACGGCAGCUGGGCCUACAACCCAAUGCUAUGCGUUGAGAACGCAGAAAUCGCAGGAACAAUGAUCGCCCUCUCCGUCCCCGCCUUGAAACCCGUCUUUGGAAAUCUUUUCUCCCACUUGACAGACUACACCUCCAGCCACACGCGGUCGCGGUCCGUAGGAAGACUGCGCAGUCAUUCAAAGCCAGUCAGCGGUAUGGGCUCGCAUACUCGCGAUGAUAAUCGCUUACUUAAAUGGUCCAAGCUUGGCCAUGAUGAUUAUGAAAUGAUGCCCUCUGAGGUCUCCGUGACCAGGGAUGCGAAUGGAUCGAUCAUUUCUUCUAGGCCUGGCAUCAAGGUGACGAAUGAGGUUAAUGUCACGAGAAUGGAUGGGAGGACCCCCUCGCCCGAGCAAUCGUCGCGCCCUUCGUCGCAGCAUACCUAG